AAUAGGUUGACUACUUCCGGUGCGUGUACAUGUGAGUGUCGUGCGAGCUGAAGACUGCCAUUCCCGGGACCGAAUCCAAGCUGUUCGGAAGCUUCCUACUAUAUCUUCUUGUCCCGACGUUCUAUCCACCUUGAAAUACAAUACUGUUCAAGAUGUUGUCAAGACUAAGUCGUGGUGUUUGUCAGGUGGCCCCUUUAUUGAGAAAUACAAGUACCAGUCCUAGCCUCGGAGCUGCUCAAAAACUCACUUCCGAAGAAAUUUUCAAGAAAGAAGAAAAAUUUGGUUGCCAUAACUACCAGCCAAUACCAGUAGCAAUUGAACGAGGGAAAGGUGUUCAUGUGUGGGACGUGGACGGUAAACGAUACUACGAUUUUCUCAGUGCAUACAGUGCAGUUAAUCAAGGUCACUGUCAUCCUAAACUUGUUGAAGUAAUAACCAAGCAAGCAGGAAAAUUAACUUUAACUUCAAGAGCAUUCUAUAAUGAUGUAUUGGGUGAAUUUGAGGAAUAUGUCACAGGUUUAUUUGGAUAUGAUAAAGUGCUGCCAAUGAACACAGGUGUUGAAGGUGGCGAGUCUGCCUGUAAGCUGGCAAGGAAAUGGGCGUAUCAGUCAGAGAUUCCAACAAUAAAGCAAAAUAUAUUUGCUGAGAACAAUUUCUGGGUAGACUUUAGCAGCUAUUUCGCCGGGUUCGAAGAACCCUCGCCUAAUUCUCUGCUGUGGUUGGAACAGCCAUUGAAUCAAGAAAAUGAUGAUGACGAUGAUGAUGAUGAUGAUGAUUUGAGUUCACAUUUACUAUGUGCUGUUAGUCAUUCUCUGCUGUGGCUGGAACAGCCAUCGAAUCAAGAAAAUAAUGAUGAUGAUGAUGAUUUGAGUGACAAAUCAGCAGAUUUCUCUGUAACAAGUGGAGUAGGCACAAGGAACAACAUUCAUGCAAUACUCGUCAUGGGUAUUUAUGAAGUACUCAUGGAAUAUAAUUUUACUGGUGGAGAUUUCAGUAUCUUAACACCACGUACCAACAGUUCAACAGUUUUCUUAGUAAUCAACGUUCAAGUACAAGGAAUUCAAGAAGUCACUUGUUAUGGCCAUUACAAAUCACAAUGUCCUGUGAGUGACCGGUCAAAACAACUUACCGGUACAUUAUAUUUAGAUAACAUUGUGGUAUCUUCACAGAAAGCAACAAGUGAUCCUAAUGUGUGUGCAUUCAUGGUAGAACCGAUACAAGGUGAAGCAGGGGUCAUGGUACCUGAUGCUGGAUAUCUGAAGGGAGUCAGAGAUAUAUGUACAAAAAAUAAUGUCUUGUUUAUUGCUGAUGAAGUGCAGACUGGAUUGGCUAGAACUGGUAGAAGACUGUGUUGUGACCAUGACAAUGUCAGACCAGAUAUUGUGAUUCUUGGAAAAGCACUUUCCGGUGGAUUUUAUCCUGUGUCUGCAAUACUCUGCGAUGACCCUAUAAUGUUGACCAUGGAACCAGGCACACACGGAUCAACCUAUGGUGGAAAUCCUCUAGCUUGUAAAAUAUCCAUGGCUGCACUAAAAAUCUUGGAAGAGGAAAAACUUGCUGAGCAUGCUGAGAAGCUUGGUACCUAUUUACGUGCUGAACUGAAUACUCUUAACAAAGAUAUUGUUACAACUGUUCGUGGCAAAGGAUUAUUGAAUGCUAUUGUUAUUAAGCAAACUGAAGCAUUUGAUGCCUGGAAAGUAUGUAUGCGUCUCCGUGACAACGGUCUCCUUGCAAAACCAACUCAUGGUGAUAUCAUUCGUUUUGCUCCACCUCUUGUGAUUACAGAAGAUGAGAUCAAAGAUUGCUUUCAGAUUAUCAAACGCACAAUUGAAUCUUUCUAGGAAUUAACACAAUCAUGUAUACCCGUAUUAAAGGUCAUAGGUCAUCUUAUUGUCUCACCAAAUCACGAAUUUAUAUAUAAUUUUAAAACAAUCUUUGCAAUGAAAUUACAUGACAGUCUGACAAUAUUACCAGUUUUAAAAACAAAAACUAACGACGUUGCUUGAAAACCUGAAAGGUUCAGUUCUUGGCUACAUACAUGUAUAUGGAAAAGAUAGCGCCCUCUAUGGUUCAAUUUUCAACCAUAACCCUUUCAAAAUGGUGGAAACGCAUUUUUGUCCUGUAGCUGCAUCUUUUAUCAAUUUUUUGAUACAUGUUAAUACUGAUGUGGAAUGACCUUUGUGUUAUCAAUAAACAUACAUGGGAUAAAAGUUAAGAGGUAAAAAUUUUGCAUAUCUAAGCAGACAGCUGCAAAAUUUGCAUAAUAUUACCAUAAAUAUGCGACAUGACAUAUUACAUUAUUUGUAUUAAUUUACCGACACAAGGCAUUUUGGCUUAGUAUUGCAUGGAUGAAAUAUUUGGUAAAAAACGUUUGCAUGUCGACAUUUCCUCAACUAGCAAUAUGUGGACAAUGCAGUAUUGGAAAAUACAACUCUUGUCCUCAUUCUUGCAUAUCAAUGACUACACUGGUUAUUUUUUCAUCGCACACUAAUUUAAGAACAAUUUAAUAUGCUUGUUUGCUUAUUACAAGAAUGUUCUUAUUACAAGAAGUACUUUACAAUUGUAGUCAGUUAUGUUGGAUAUGUAAAACAGUUGUAUUUUCCAAUCACCACUACUAAACUGCGAUUUACAAAUUCAAUUUGAAUUAUGGUUGAUUAAAACACAAUUUUAUAUAGGGUUGCGAUUUAAUUAAAUUGCAACUCUAUAUUGGGUAGUAGAAAUAACAUCGUAUAAAUUGUAACUAAUAAUGGUUUCUAUAGCUCAGUGUUAAGUGUGCAGGUUGUUGUAUACUUUGCCCCUUCGUAUAACCCUGCCUGAUAAAUCGCAUUUUAAUAGUGCCUCUAUUUUCCUGCAGUUUCAGAUAUUUUAUGAAUUGAUGUCUGCACCAGGAAACUUGUGUAUAAAACAAACAAAAAACAUCUGUGUAACAUGUAUUCCAUCAAUUUAAAAAAAAGCAUUAAACAUUGUAUAAACAGCAUACAA